AUUGUGCUCGCCGUCGUUGUCUCCUCCACUCCGGCGCCUCAGUCGCGGAUCUUCCAGCGUUGCGAGCAGAGCCACCCGUCCGAUCCCCACACCCCGAAAGCACGCGCAGUAUGUGGUGGAGCCGCAAGUUAGCCUCGAGGUGCCUCCGCCUCCACCGAGCCAAGAGCACCGGACGCAGCACGGCCUCCACAGAGCCGGAGCAGACGCUGGGCAUCAUCGGAGUGCCCUUCGCCAAGGGCCAGGGCAAGCAGGGCGUGGAGCUGGCUCCGGACCUCCUGCGCCAGAGCAGCCUGCGCCAGGUGCUGCAGAGCAGUCAUGAUGGCCUGGUGAUACGCGACUACGGAAACCUGCAGUACGCCGUGGACGAGCCCCUCCUGCAGCAGCAGCGGGUGCACUACCACCACAUCCGGAACUACGCGGACUUCAUGGCCUGCAACCGGGCGCUGAUCGAGCAGGUGAAGCUGAUGCUGGCGGAGAACUCGCAGUUCCUGGCCAUUGGCGGCGACCACGCGAUCGGUUUUGGCUCCGUGGCGGGGCACCUGCAGCACACGCCGAACCUGUCGCUGGUGUGGAUCGACGCGCACGCGGACAUCAAUCUGCACAGCACCUCGCAGUCGGGCAACAUCCACGGCAUGCCCGUGUCCUUUCUGCUGGAGCAGCUGCGCACCACCUGGCAGCACGCCGGCCUCCAGGAGAUCGCGCCCAACUGUUUGCCCAAGGAUCAGCUGGUCUACAUCGGACUCCGGGACAUUGACCCCUACGAGGCGUUCAUACUGAACAAAGUCGGGAUACGCUACUACGCGAUGGAUACCAUCGACCGCGUGGGCGUGCCCAAGAUCAUCGAGAUGACGCUGGACGCCCUGAAUCCGCAGAACAAGAUCCACGUGAGCUUCGACAUCGACGCCCUGGACAGCAAUGUGGCGCCCAGCACCGGCACCGCCGUGCGCGGCGGCCUCACGCUCCGCGAGGGCAUCAGCAUCGUGGAGGCGCUGAGGGACACCAAGCGGGUGCAGGGCGUCGACCUGGUGGAGAUCAACCCCAAGCUGGGCAGCGAGCGCGACGUGCGCACCACCGUGGAGUCCGGCCUGGAGAUCCUGAAGAGCAUGUUCGGCUACCGGCGGUCCGGCCACUGGAGCAACAUCGACACCGGCAUCCUGGGCAGCGAUUGAGGACGAACAGCACUUUUGAGCUUAUCAAUAUUUUUGUACAACAUUCUUGCCAUAUUUGUGUGUGCUUACAUAUUUUUUUUCGUAUCUUAAUGAAAGAAUAAACAAAAAAUAGUUUAAAGAGA